AUGCCUAACUUGGCCCCCGAAACUCCCCCAAGCAGAGGGGUCUCCUCUCGCUUGCUGACGAUGAAGUUUAUGCAGAGGGCUGCUGCGACCGGUUCUCCCGCGGAGUCAUCCCCUGAUGAGCCCUCGUCGAAGCGGCGCAAAUUCCAGAACUCCCCCCUCACCGGCGACUUCCACUCCUUCGACCAGACAGCUGUACAGGCAGCUCUGAAACAGCAAGAAGCCAAGCGCUUGUCGGCACUUGAGGCGUCGAGGGCCGAGUCCGCAGACACACACUGGGUAUUGGAUGGCUCAUGGGGCAAGUCGGAGGAUGCCAAGAAUGCACCGCCGAAUAUUGUAUACGUCGGGUAUGCGGAUAUAGAUGGAGCCAACGAGGAGGAUGAUUCAGACAACGCCCAACCUGUCGGGAGAAAAAAGAUUGGAAACUUCAAAGGCAACGGAGCCAAGAAGCCAAGCACCGAAGCUGCACCGCAGGAUGAGAGCGAUUCGAGCGACUCUAGCGACUCGGAUGAGUCAAGCGACGAGGGCUCGUCUUCAAGCGACAUGGAUACACCUUCGUCAAAGUCGACAUCUAAGCGAAUCGAGGGUCUGUCCUCGGGCGGCCAGGGACGUACGAGGGUGAACCUGAAGCCGAAGAAAUCUACCGAGUCGCUCAAGGCCCAGGAAUUCCGAGACAAGAGAAGGAAGAAGGAAGUGAGGCUGAACCAACUGUCGUCAAUCUCCGGUGGCUUCUCAAACAGCCCCAGCGGAGGCAAACCGUCUUCCUUCCCCAUGAACUGCCACAACUGUGGCAAGGCAGGCCACAAGGCGGUGGACUGUCCCAAACAGCGACGAGACGGUAAGCGGAAGCCAUCACAGAGAUCGCAUUGA